AUCUGCCCUCACUGUGUUUGUCAGAAGCUUGCCCAGAAAACACAGAGUGCUGUCUGAAUAGCAAACAAGGAAGCCAAAAGAAGUAGAGCAAAAUGGUGUCAGCUGGAUUGCAGAUGCUGGGUGUUGCCCUGGGUAUCAUUGGCUGGAUUGGGGUUAUCGUGGUCUGUGCUCUCCCUAUGUGGAGGGUCUCGGCAUUCAUUGGCAGCAACAUUGUCACGUCGCAGAUCCAAUGGGAAGGCAUAUGGAUGAACUGUAUAGUCCAGAGUACAGGGCAGAUGCAGUGCAAAGUGUACGACUCCAUGCUGGCCCUGACCUCGGAUCUCCAAGCCGCACGUGCUCUCACUAUCAUCUCCAUCAUGGUGGGCAUCAUGGGCAUCUUGCUGUCCGUAGCUGGAGGAAAGUGUACCAACUGCGUGGAAGAUGAGAAGGCCAAGGCAAAGGUUGCUGUGGCAGCGGGCGUGGUCUUCAUUAUUUCUGGGAUACUGUGUUUGAUCCCUGUGUGCUGGACUGCCCAAACCAUCAUCCGUGACUUCUACAACCCACUGGUCAACCAGGCAAUGAAGAAGGAGCUGGGGGCAUCGCUGUUCAUUGGCUGGGGAGCUUCUGCCCUGCUGAUCAUUGGAGGAGCUCUGCUGUGCUCCAGCUGCCCACGUGAUGACACUGAAGGAUACACAGCCAAAUACACAGCCGCUAGUCGCUCCAACGCCUCUGCACCCUCCACCAAGGAUUACGUUUAAGAUCAAACAAUGAUUUUACUCCAUGCACAAGUACUGAGCAGUUGUCAUGAGGACUUGAUGGACAGUUGUAAGAGAUAAUGUUACUUGUUUUGUUUAAUUUUGUUUUAAAUAUACACAACGUGCAGUAGAUACUCCUGCAUAAUGUUUUUCCAAAGUUUCUUUCUUAAUUGGAAAUUUAAGUAUAUCAUUUUAUCUCUUUCCAUUUUUCCUCAUUCUCUACAUUUUUAGGAAUUCAUGGUUUUGUAAAUACAUAUUUUUGUACAGUCUGCAUCAUUCUUAUUUUUCUCAGGUAUCUAAAGAGGAAAAAGACUAAAAUCAAAAUUGUAUGUCUAACACGGACUUUUGUUUUUACUUUGAAACUGGAAAAAUAUUAAUCAUGUGUUUUGAUUAAAGGUGUCUGGACUUUUCAUGUGUUUGGAUUUUUACAGAGAAAUUCAAGUCAGUGACUGAACAAAACAUUUCCAAGGGGAGUUGUCUUACCUUGACAAUCCAGUUCAGGUGUGGCUCAGUUGAAAAAGAAUCCAGGUCAUGUAACACGUAACUGCAUGACAUGUAACUACAAAUAUGUUAGAAAAACCUUUCAAAAGACAAAAGUAUUUUAUCUAUUUAUCAAGGCACUAUGUAUUACUGACAAGAAAGUGAACAAGAAAAACACCUGACUAGUUAUGACUUCCAUACACCUUUUUUAGUAAGUAAAUCAUAAUUUUUGCUUGUGUUGUAACAUCAAGCACAUCUAAGAUAGCACCUUUUGGACUCAGUUGAUGCUUUUUACAAGACACACAUACACAAAGGCAACGAUUAUAUUGUAGCAUGAACUACACAAUCGUUCUUUUUAUACCUGUGUAUUGUUAAGUUGUAAUCACUGUUAGAGCUGUCGGAAAAAAAAACAUUACUAAUAGUCCUGGUACUCUAAAGUAAAAGCAGGUGCUCUUGGAGGGUAACUCAGCUAAGCUUGUAGAUUAAAUGCACAUAGAUAGUGCUGAUAUCAACUAAUGAAUAUAUUGUAUGUGAUCAGGUUUUUCCAAGGAGACUCCAAAACAAACAUUUUAUAAUGUUUUUAUUAUAUUUAAAGUUUAUUUGUAAUGUUUUCCAAUGUUUUCAAUACAAAUAUGAAAUAAAUAAAAAGUCCAACUUA